AUGGCGGCAAAAGGAAAAGUGCCGAUCAUGUCUACGGCAGGUGCUAUACCUGUCAGGAAUGAAAAAGGUGAACUGACUAUGGAGAAGGUGAAGGUCACAAGAUACAUGAGAGGUCAGAGGCCAGAAUUUGCCCCUGAGAGCAGCAGUGAUGAAGAGGAAGAGGUAGAAGUAACAACAGGCUUCCAGAACCGAAUCAGAUCCACUCAGGUUGAGGACAAGAAAGAAGAGGAAGAGGAAACUGAAAAAGAGGCCCAGGAAGUACAAGAUCGUCGGUUACGGAGACUUCAACAGCGAGAGCAGCCUGAGGAUAGUGACAAUGAGGAUGACAGGGUCGCUCGUCACCGCCGUGAGGUUGUGGAACCAGAAGUGCUUGCAGAAGGAUCUGAUGAGGAUGGUGAUGAUGACAAACCUGUGAGGAGGAGGAGGCCAGAAGACAGUGAUGAGGGAGAUGAAGACGAGGAAGAGGAGGAGGAAUUGGAUGAAGAGGAAAUUGAAAAACGCAGAGCCCAGAGAAGGUUGAAGCUGACAGAGCAAAAAGAUGAAGAGGAAGUCAUGGAUGUUGAGGAAGAAAAAAAGGAAGAGGAAGAAUCAGAAGAAGAAUCCUCGGAGUAUGAGGAGUACUCAGACUCUGAGGAGGAAACUGGUCCAAGACUGAAGCCAGUGUUUGUAAGAAAGAAAGACAGAAUAACCGUACAAGAGAGGGAACGGGAGGAAGCCAAGGCCAAGGAGUUAGAGGCUGAGGCUAAGAGGCUGGCUGAGGAGAGAAAGAGGCAAACAAUAAAGAUGGCCAAUCAAGAUAUGAAGAGAGAGUUGGAAGAAGAGAAAGAAGUACAGCAGGCCUUUGAUGGUCUGGACACAGACGAUGAUAACGAUGAAGAAGAGUACGAGCUAUGGAAGUUACGAGAAUUGAAGAGAAUCAAACGAGACAGAGAGGAGAGAGAAGCAAUGGAGAAGGAGAAGCAGGAUGUUGAGAAACUGAGGAACAUGACUGAAGAGGAGAGGCGGCAGGAACUGCGACAGAACCCCAAACAGGUCGUCAACAAGGCUCCCAAGGGAAAAUACAAGUUUUUGCAGAAGUACUACCACAGAGGCGCUUUCUUCUUGGAUGUUGAUGAUACUGUGUUCAAACAAGACUUCUCUCAGCCCACACUGGAGGAUCAUUUUGAUAAGACAAUUCUACCUAAAGUCAUGCAGGUGAAAAACUUUGGCCGCUCAGGCCGGACCAAGUACACCCAUCUACUAGACCAGGACACCACUCAACACGAAGCUGCUUGGAUGCAGGACGCCGCCCAAAAUCUCAAAUUCCACAACGCUCGAGGGGGAGGAAUGAAGCAGACAUUUGAACGUCCGGCCAAUAAAGUCAAAAAAUAG